ACAAAAGCACAUCAAGGGGAGAGUAACAGAGGAAGUGACUGGUUUCAGUUUUACCUGACCUUUCCAUUAAUCUUGGGCCUCUUCAUCAUCCUCCUUGUCAUUUUCUUAAUCUGGAGAUGCUUCCUGAGAAACAAAACUCAUAGACAGACAGUGACUGAGGGCCACAUUCCUUUUCCUCAGCACCUUAAUAUCAUCACUCCUCUUUCCCAACCAGAUGAAAUGUAUGACAGCAGCGGGCUGUCUCCAGGCUUUCUGGAAUAUGUAGUUGGUCGCUCUGAUUCCACAUGCCUGUCCAACUCCGACCCUCCACCGACCUAUGAGGAGGCCAGUGGCCAGGUGACCCUUCUCAGGAGUGAAACAGAACCUCAUUUAGACCUACCCCCAGAGUACGAAGACAUUGUCAACUCCAACUCAGCCAGUGCCAUUGCAAUGGUGCCUGUGGUCACCACCAUCAAAUGA